UGGCAACUCUAGCAGACGGGUAGAGAGCGGAUAAAAGAAUAAACGAGAGAAACGCGUUUAAUCCUAGUAUUUGGAGGGAAAAGAUUUGCCUCUAAUAGAAGAGAAGUGAAGUCUCUGUGGGAAUUUUGUCUGAGUCGCUAAAGGAACAAUGUUUCAGAUUCAAUUCUCAAAGUGAUGGCUACAAAAUUUCCACUACAACAAAAACAUGUUUGCAACUGGGUUUACUGAUUGCCUGUUGAAAUAACUAUAUAGUUGAAACUUAGAAUAUGUACCUAAUAAAAUUUCCUGAAAGUGAUUAAACAAGAUGAAUAUUGGCAGUGAUAACUCCUGAGUUUAUUUAGUUAAAUUUUGUAUCAAAAAUACAAUCUCUUAAAAAUGCUAUCACUUGAAAAUUCAACUCCAAAUUCUGAACUGAUACCACAGCGCCAGCUGUGCAUUCCAAGCAAAAGAACCGUUCCUGUCACUAGAGCACGGUUUGAGAAGGCACGGCCAAACAUUAAGUUUUCUUCAAAAAGGACAAAUGAAAAACCAUCACGGGACAAACCUGCAAAAGAAGAAGUUUCUCAGAAUAUUGAUAAUAAAGUAAAAAAUGCAAAGGAGUUUGUACAGCCAGAGAAUAUCAGUAAUGAAGCACAUGUUACAGAAAACUCCUUACAAUCAGAGAAUAUUCAUGAUAUAGCAGAUGCUACAGGAAAAUCAUUACAAUCCGAGAAUGUUCAUGAUACAGCAGAUGGUACUGAAAAAUCAUUACAACCUGAGAUUGUCAGUGGUACACCUGAUACGUCAGAAAAACCUUCACAGUCAGAGAUUAUCAGUGAUGUUCUUAAUACUACUGAAAAAUCUCUGCAGUCAGAACCCAUUUCUUCUGCUGUGUCACCUGAAAGAUGCAAAGCAAUUAAUGAAAAUGACUGUGAUGUGGAUAAUAGGCUGUUAUCUACAGUUGAAACUUCAGGAUUGGCUCAAAGGACAGCCAAAAAUUCUACUGUAAAUAACUCUGUCAGUAUUCCUCAGAAAAAUAAAACUCCUGCAAACAGAUCUUCAAAUACUGAAAUUUUAAAAAAGGUUAAUGAAGAGAGUUCAGAGAAUAGAUAUCUCUCAGUAGAAAAGGAAUGUGUACCAGUUGUUGCUUCAUCUGAAAAUCGUAUUGUAAAAUAUCCUCAUUUGACUAGUAUCUUGAAUUCCCCAAAGAAAAGACCUGAAAAUAAAGAAGUUCUUAAAAAGAAACGAAAGUAUGCUUACGCAAUACCAAAAAAAGGAGCAACACCUCCUGAAAGAAGCAAAAUGACCAUGAUGGACCUAAUAUAUUAUAAUCCAUCAUCAUCUCCGAUGCAGGGCAGAAAAACAGAUGAUACUUCUGUUUCUAAUUCUCGUCAAGAUGAAUUAAUUGAAGAGUCAAACUGCGCUGAAGACAAUGGUGAAAGUUCUGUACAGGAGACUAUAGUACAUUCUACCCCCCUUCUUAUCUUAGAUGAGAAUGGGGAAAUUGACAUUGAGAAAAGCUCUCUGACAGUUCAGAGGAGUAUUCCUGAGACGUUAUCAACUGAAACUGUAAGGGAUGACGAUACAACUUAUUCAUCAUUUAGAAGACGUCAUUCAACUUGGAGUAUUCAAGAAACUGCAAAGUUUUAUAAAGCUCUCAGUUUAGUUGGGACAGAUUUUGGAUUGAUGGAAAAACUGUUAACUAAUCGUACAAGAAGGGAAUUAAAGUUGAAAUUCAAACGUGAAGAAAAGCAGAACUUAGCCUUGGUGAAUAAAGCAAUGUAUGAGUCUGAAACAUUUGAUAUUGAAGCUUUAAAUGAUGAUAGUGAAAUAGGUAGUGAAUUUUUUGAAAGCAUCGAAGGAAUACAAAAUGUCAUGGAUUGUUCUGCAUCAGAGGUUGAUACCCCUGAUAAUUCUCGUUCAAAGCAAAAUGAAUAUAUUGAUAAAGAAAAAAGUUUAUCUACUGUAAAUACACCUACUGAAAAUAAACAAUUACUAACAGAUUCAUCAGUUGCUGGAGAUGAAAAAUCAAAUGAUUCAUCAGUUACUGGAGAUGAAAAUUUAGAAGAAGCAGCAACCACUGAAAAUGGAGCUCUUCAUACUGGACGUAAAAGAAAGGCUAAAGUCCUUGGUGAUGAUUUUGUUGAUGUUGAUGUAAUAAUUGAAGAUGAUGAUGUUUCUUGUGAAUUGCGAAGUUCUCCUGUACCACCUUCAAAAUCUCCCACUCCAUGUGCUAAACCAACGAAUGUUAAACACAAGAAACAAAAUUACCAAAAACACGAUAGUCUUAUUGACUAUAAUGGUGAUUGUACAGCUCUGUUGAAUUCAUCUUCACAAAAUGUAGCAGAUACCAGUGAUUCUGCAGUAUUUACUGUAUUAAGCACUUGUAAUUCAGAAGCAACAGAGGAACCUUGUGUUAUUUCUUUGACUGAUUCUGAGCUAGGCAUUGUAACAAAUGUUGUAGCAAAUGAAGUUGUUGUUGAGUCAGGGAAAAAGAACAGGAGACGAAAUAGGCAAAAACCCAACGUGACUGAAGCACAGAAGCGAAGAAUGCCAGUUAUAAAUACCUAUAAAACAGUUCUUCCAUCAUCCAGAAUUUACACCCCUGCUGAGGAAUACCCUGUAUAUGAAGAAAAACAUCCGAAAUUUUCUCCUGAAAAGAAUUUAAGAUGCUAUUCUCGUAGUAAAUUCCUUCCUAAUACACAAGAUCUCCCAAUUCCAUUCUCUCAGAUAUCUGACUUAAAUGAAAAUGAAUGUACUGUGCCAUGUAAUUCCCAAGAUCAGGCAUUGCUUGUGAAUUUAAAUACCUGUGACUCUGUUACUGCAUCUUCCAGCACAGAUGAGAGUAAUCCAGGAACUGGAACUGCUAUGAUUAUUGUACCUAGUGACCAGAAUAUAUAUACCUCUAACUCUGUUGCUGCAUCUUCAAAUGCAGAUGAUAGUAAUCCAGGAACUGGAACUGCUAUGAUCAUUGUACCUGAUGACCAGAAUAUGUAUACUUCUAACUCUGUUACUGCAUCUUCUAAUACAGAUGAUAGUAAUCUAGGAACUGGAGCUGCAAUGAUCAUUGUACCGAAUGACCAGAAUAUGUAUCAUGUAUAUAUGUAUAACAAGCCUACUGCACCUAGUAUUACAUUAUCACCGGAAUCUUUACCACAUAACAGGUGUUAAAUUCGCACCUAAAGCAAUAUUAAAAUGUUUAUAUAGGAUUUUCAAAAAAGGCAGCAAGUGAAUUUUAUUUCUAAGUAUUCAUUCUAAACACGGGAUUCAAAUAAAUAUAGUUUCUGAAAGCCAAGUUUGCAAGUGCAAAAUUUUAUGAAGACAUUCUCAGUCUCAUUAUCAGAUCUCUGUAAAAGUAAAAUCUGUGUAGUUAUCCAUAUGGAAAAAAAAAAAAAAAAAGAUUAAAGUAAAAUAUUGAUUAUAUUCUAACUAUGAAAAUGAAAAGUUUAAUUUUGUGCAUAAGUUUCUGAGAUAUAAAAGAGCUAGUACGGAUUUAGUGAUAAAACUGCCAUAUCAUACUAAUUAUCAGGAUAAGCAGCUUUAAUUUUUAUAGAUACACUGGUGUGCAAAACUUAAGCAACAGCAGGGUAUUUUGCCAUAACUCCACGAGAAAUCAACUGAUCGACAUGAAAUGCAAAAAUGAAGAAGAGUAUUAUGUACGUAAAGGAUGACGAAAGCAUCGGAGCUGAAAAAGGAAUGCAAUGCAUACGGUAUGAUAUCAAACAAAAACAAGCUUUAUUGAACGCAUACUAUCGUGACUCUUGAUUGUCUAUCCAAGAGGAAGAGCAACAAGCAGAUGUUCCUUAAUAUGGAAUAUGCCCUCCCCUCACUGCAAUGGUUGCUAUGCACCGUCUCCGCAUAUUCAGAACAAGCUGGUGCAACAUUUCUUACAGUAGGAGUGCUCAUUCCUCAAUCAACAUCUGUUUGAGUUAUUGGGUGUUCUCCGGAGGAUGUAAGCGUGCUGCAAUGCAUCUCCCCAAAGCAUCCCACACAUGUUCGAUAAGAUUUAAAUCUGGGGAGUAUGCUGGCCAAUCCAUUCAAGCGAUAUCUUCACUUUCCAGUAGCUCCUCAACAGCAAGAGUCCGAUGUGGCUGUGCAUUGUCAUCCAUAAAAAUUAAGUCUGGGCCAAUGGCACCUCAGAACAGACACACAUGGGGAAGGAGUACCUCCUCACAAUAGAAAUCCCCGUUUACAGACCCUCUGUCGAAAAUGUGGAGCUCAGUUCGCCCGUUCAGCAUAAUGCCUCCCCAGACAAGAAUUCCAGGACCACCGUUACGGUGUCUUUCCUUGAUGUUACUGGGUUAAAACCAGGUCCCGACUUCUCUCCAAAUCAAAACACGUUGAGAAUCACUUCUGGUACUGAACCAACUCUCAUCCGUAAAGAGGACACGACUCCAUUGAUCAGUUGUCCAGUUUUUGUGCUCUCUGCAGCACUGUAAAUGGUGGCAUCGGUCGCCGACUUUCAAUGGGAGGCAGCGUUCAGGAUGGCGGGCAGAUAGGCCCCCUUUGUGAAUGCGUCUGGCCACAGUAAACCGUGACACUUGUUGCCCCAUUGCUGUACAGAGUUGCUGAGCAUUGGCGCUUGCUGACUGCUGUCAGCCUCUUUUCACCUGCAAGACAAUAUAUCGGUUAUCCCCUGCAGUUGUCGUCCUCGGGUGGCCACCACCAACCUUUCUAACAGCUGUACCUGUGGUUUGGAACGAUUUCCAAGCGCGCAAAACAACACUUUUGUUGAUUCCGAACUCUGCAGCUACACUGGUGACCAUACGCCCCUCCUCCAGCUUUCCAAUCGUUCUUCCAUGUGUGAAGUUGUCCAGGUGAUUUCUUCUAGCCAUAUUUCACAAACUGAUUCACUGGCACUUGCAGCGAAUAUGUUGAAUUGCAUCUACGUCCUUCCCUUUAUUCUACUGUUGAGCUGCGCGUGCCGACAUCACGCGUUUUGUGUACGCUCACGUCGCCUCUGACGUUUCGUUCCUGAUAUUUGCAUACGCAUGAUGUUUCUACUGACUUACGUGUCAUUGUACUGAUCUCCAGACCUUCUUUUCUGCAAUUUCAUGGCUAUCUGCUAAAUUUUUACAUUGUUGCUUAAGUUCUGCACACCAGUUUACUUUACAAUUUAAAUAAUUAAAUGACAUAGAAAAACUAUUUCACAUCAGUCUACUCUCAAAUAUGUCUAAAUUUUGCAUUUAAAGGUAUGAAACUUAAUUAAGUAUAAUAAAUACUUUAUUAAUUAAGAUUCUUACUUUACAUUAAAAAAAAAUAAAACUCAGUAAAUGAAAUUUAAUAUUUUUUAAAGCUGAAUGAAUGUUAUUUUCUAACCUUGUCAAAAAAAUUUAUUUAUAUAAAACUGGUUGCUGUGAAGAACUCUCUGAACUUACUUACAUUUAAAAUGCACAUGGCGCCAGUUCAUUUACUGAAAUUCAGAGUGAGACAAAUUACCAGUAUUCAUUGGUCUUAUUUCCUUAGUGUAUCGCAGUAUACCCUUCCUAUAUCUGCCUGGAUUCAAAGCCAAACUACUAGUGGUUCAGUAGUUCUUACUUCCUAAUAUAUUCACUGGAUUUUGAAACUGGACCAGUACACUUAUUUGCUCUCGCAUUAAAGAGAGAAAGAUGGCCUUCAUGCAAAGAGACUUUCUAUGAAAAAAUAGCUCAUAUACACAUUAAAAAAAGAAAAGUAAUGAAUGCCCAUGAAGCCAUGCCAGAUAUGGAGUACUUGAUCAAACUGUGACUGUUCUAUGAUCUUAUACAGGCGACCACUAGUGGACAGCACCCAUAAUAUUGAGACUGCUUUCAUAAAAUUCUGCAUCCUGUUAACUAGAAGUAUAUGUCUAGGAUCAAUAUUUAAAGAAAUAAAAUCUUCAAACACUUUAUACAUCUGUAUAUAUAUAUAUAUCACUUUAUUUCAUAUUAUUAUUCAGUUGUGCCUUCAAUUGUUUUUCUAAAUUGUGGUAGUUAGCAGUUUUAUAAAAAUCUAUUUGGGCAUAACUGCAACAUGAAUUAAUCCUAGUCGCAUAUUUAUUUAAAUAAUGAAAUUAUCUUUUUCAUAUAACCUGUUGCUAAACUGGAACUGUUGGGACCAAAGUUACGAUAUAUUAAAAAAAUUAAAUUACGUUUUAUGCAAUUUUUGCUAAUAUUUUAUAUUUCUUAAUUUGCUGCUUGUUAUGUUUACCAUAUUAUCCAAAAAAAUGUACAAAGCAAUUUUUUAGUAAGCUGUAUUUUUAUGUUAUAUUAAGCAAUUUCAUUUUAUGAACUUAGUUUAUUUUUUAUUUGUAAGGUUAAAAUUUAUUAACUGCAAACUCUUGAUUGUAAGGUAUACUACACCUAUCGCAAAAUUUUAUGGUAGCUGUAAAAUUUUAUGGUAGUCUUACUAUUAUCUAAAAAUAAAAAAAUGGCAUAACAUUUCUUCAGUAUUCAU